UACUCUCCUGCACCACGUUGCCUGGACCAGUUCAAUCUGGGAUGGCACACACGCAUACCACGAGAGGUCCAUUUUGUGAAAGGUCCACUUUUUAUAAGCAUGAAGAAACACAAGCCUAAAAAAGAGCUCAGAGGCAGCAUCCAUCGGUCGGACCGCGGUGACUCAUUGCGCACGGCCAGUCAGUCAGGGGGGCUUGAAUUUUGCGUUUCGCGGUGUAUGAUCGAUACCUCUAAAGAAGAGCCAUAUACUUGUGGAAGGCGUGGCUUGGUGUCACCGACACAGAGUUGGUUUUCCAUAUUAAUUUCUAGGGUUUAGCCUCUUCUUCCCACUGACACGAACGCGCAAGCGGCACCCCAAAGAACGGGACAUUGAAUAGCGCCUCUCAAGGGAAUCACAGAAAGUGACUGAUAUUGCACAUCUGUGUUCAUUUUUGGAUUACGUCCAUUUUUAAGGACUGAAACCGUGAAUCCGGCAUGGGAACUAACCCAAAAAGGACAGUGACAGUCCAGAUGGUGCCUCAGCUGGCUGCGGUGGACAUGCUAGGCAAUAAGGAGCCUAAUGCCAACUGGGCGAAAGAGCCCCACCUCAAACUCUCUCAGGUUUGUCCAAAACCCACCCUCACAUCUCCUGAUCACAAACAGGACAACUCAUCUCUGACUGCUUCUUCUGCUAACACCACCCCACACACCCAAAAAAUGGCUUCCAAAGGAGGAGAACCAGUUUGCAGCACUGUGUCAGACAAACCAGUACCAGCUAAUGGAAACCAGACAAAGUCAGAGCUUGUGACAGGUCGAAACCAACAGAUGCAAGACCUGUCUCCAACAGGCCAAGGACUGGGUGAGGCAGGAGGCGACCAGAGGGAUUCAAAUGCUAAUGUGAAAAUGCUAAGUACGGCUGAUGAAAAAGAUAUCUGUAAGGCUGGUGUGUCGCCUGCUCUUUCAGCGUCAAAGGUCGACAUGCAGACCGAUGACUGCAGAAUAAAAGGGCCAAAUGCAGCAGUGGAGGAGUGUGCAAAGCUGACACCCUCAGCCACAGCACGAGAGGACAGUAAUAAAAAUGUUUCUCCUUAUAAUAAAAAUCUCAACAUCGCCUGUGAAUUAAAGCAUACGACAUCUGAACCACAACGCGAUAAUAAAGGGAGCAUUUUAGCUCUCAAAGACGAGGACACAGCUGUACCACAGAAAUCUCAAGAGCCUGAACAUUUACGUAGCUGCUCACAAACCACUGUGAGUCUGCAGGAAGCAGCCAAACCUAAACAAAGCAUGGAAACUCCUGCAGCUCCUCUGAGCUCCACUACACCUUUGUCUCACAGCAAAGAUGCAGAGGCCGAUUUUACAAAUAAGACUUCAAGUUCAACACAUCCAGAGAAGGAUUUGCCACUAUUAAAGAAACAACAAGUCUCUCCAGAUAAACAUCAGCCAGUUUCCUCACAGACGGACUCCUCCACUCUGCCCCAGGCUACACAAACUAUGCCGGCAGAUGGGCAGGUGGCUGAGGAAGCCAGCCAGACUGACACAGCUGUCUUUGAAGCGCAGCAGCGGCAGCAGCAGAAUGGCAAGCUUUACAGGGAGGCUUCGACGAUGACCUUAUCCCCGUCAUCUGCACCGGUCAAGCAGUGUCAUGAUAUGGAGGUUCAGGCGGUGGCGAACACGUGCAGUAAGGCUGUGGCCACAAGUCCAAGUCUGCUGCCUUUUGCUGUGCCGCGCAGGCUGAGCGGUGGUGCAGUCCCCGGGGAGGCCACGCAGAGCCUGGUUGUGGUCUACCAGGAAGACGGGGGUGUGGGACUACAUCAGAUGAACAUGAGCGCUCUAUCCGCCUCUACUGAUCCAAGGUCAGGGAAACUCACUGUUGAGGCAGAGAUGUGCCCCAACCAAAAUGCCGGCGUGGUUUUCCACUCAGACACUUUGUCCCAGCAGGAGGACAAAAGGCUCGGAGCAAAGCCUAAAGACCCCGGGUCAGCUCUCUGCAACACCCAGCCAGUUUAUCAAAUCAACAUUGAACACAGCCACCACAAGGAGCCAGGAGAGACAGGUAACUCCCUAAAUAUAACAGGGGUUCAGAAAUCGGCACCGAAAACAGCCAAUGACGAAGCUCCAUCUCUCAAAUCAGGAACAGCCCCAGGGACGGCUGGUGCUACCAAGUCUAGAUCUGCUGACAGUCACAAUGCUGCGCCGUCACAGGCUGCUGUUACAACCAAGCCCAGCCAGGCCCUGCCAACAGCAACUAACACCACAUCAAAGCCAGAUCUAACUAAAAAAAAAGCUGAAAGUCCUAAACAAAAGGCUAAAGGUGGAGGUAAAGCCCAGAAGAAGGAGGCAAAGUCAGGCAAACAGAAGAAAGAACAGGAGAGGAAAGAAGAAGAGGAGGACCAGACGCAAAAAGAAAAGAACAUCCACGAUGUCGUCUGGGACGAGCAGGGGAUGACUUGGGAGGUCUACGGGGCUUCUGUGGACCCAGAGUCCCUUGGUUUUGCCAUUCAGAGCCACUUGCAGUGCAAAAUCAAAGAGCAAGAGAAGAAACUGGUCGCCCAGACUUCCAUCCGAAAGUCAGUCUCUGGUGUCGACUCGCCGGGACAUGUCAGCAAGAGCAAAAGGAGGCAGCACAGCAUUUUCAGGUCAAUGCUGCAAAAUGCCAGACGGCCCAACUGCUGCGUGCGUCCCCCUCCCUCCUCCGUCCUCGAGUAGCUCAGCACAGAGGUAGCCAGUGUCAAACUCCAGCCUUUUCUUAGAGGUCAAAAUUGUUGUCCUCCCUUCGUCAUGAUCGCAAUGCCAAGUGAACGCAUUAAUGGGAUGACGGUCCCUGUAAGUAAGUACACUGGAAUGUUGUAGCAUAAAGAGUCAAACUACUUGUGACGUUUGUGAUCAAAGAAGGUAGGACUUAGAAAUAUACAAUGAACAACCCAAGACUUAUUUUCUAGAAAUAGAUGAAGGGAGAAAACUUCCAACAGUUUUUAACUGACAGAGGCAAUAAUAGUGAAACGCAUGUAUAUUAGUUACAAUGGCAGUUGUUCGACCUAAACUGAAGUCCAGAACUUCAGAGUAGAAGGCACUGAUCAUGAGGUAGACGUAUUACUUACUGUCGGAAUUUUUGUGCAAUUAUAUUAAACCAACAUCUCAUUACAUUUGGUGCAUUUGUUAUAUGCUUUUGAGGUAUUUUUUGGGGCCCUAUAUUUAUAAGAUUGCUGUAUUUUCUUUUCAUGCACAUUUAUUUUGAGUGAGUGAUUACGUUGUGCAAAAAAAGGACUGUAUGCAUACAUGCGCUGUUUAAUCUCUGUUCUUCUUUGGUUUUCUAUUAAAACAACAAAAAACUAA